UCAUGCUGCUGCCAGGUCCAGAGUGUCUCAUGGGUCCCUGUACGGCCUCCCAUUGCUGCUGUCUCCAUCGCCACACUCUGCCAUGUGCCACUUUCAGGUCUCCUCACACUGCUGGUGUGUUCCAUUUUUUGUCAUAGGGUGCUGGCAGAUUACGGGCCUCCCAUAGCUGCUGCCAGGCCCCUAAUCUGCCAUGGGCCCCUGUACCGCCUCCUCAUUGCUGCUGCCAGGUCCAGAGUCUCUCAUGGGUCCCUGUACGGCCUCCCAUUGCUGCUGUCUCCAUCGCCACACUCUGCCAUGUGCCACUUUCAGGUCUCCUCACACUGCUGGUGUGUUCCAUUUUUUGACAUAGGGUGC